AUAAAUAUUGGAACUGGUGUGCUCCAGGCGGGUUCUGCCUUAAUCUACCAGCUGUACGACUUCAACAUGGCCAGCUCAGAGCGUGCAGACACCAUUUACACCGACGUGGCAAACUUUGAUACCUACUACUGCUAUUCUGCUAACUGGAGGGACCACCUGAAGUUCAAACUAGACGUGUCGGCGUGGCCAGAAGUGGUGAAUACACCGUUGCUAACAUCGUCCAGAUUCAACGAACACUGGCAGAUGCUACUCGCCCAAUUGGUGAGGUCUCCGUCAGCAGGAUCACCAGAGUCAAGAGCAUCAACGAGGCCAGCGGGGAGGUGUGGGUGGAGUUUGUUCUCCUGUACCGCCACCCAAGCAUCAGUCAGCUUGACCCUGACCUCUACGUCCACAUGACCUCUGGCCUCAAGGCCAAGAACUUCAUCAGUGUCGCAGUCAACUACGGCAGCAUCAACUACCACGGUUAUAAACCCGACGGUCAGGCUUUCAUGCUGGUGGCUGAAGCCGGUUCACUUUCUCCGGUGAUUGAACCAGACUGCACCAUAACCGCUUCCACAUCAACCACCGAAUCAACAACCACUACCACUGCUACUACCACUACCACCAUACCAGACCACAGCACCACUACCACGAAGCCUCCUCGCACUGAUCAAUCCACCAGCACUACCACUACCACAACCACAACCACCACCGAUCCCAACAAUCCAAACCAGAUUGUCUAUUCCUCAGGUGACCUGGCCGGCCUGGGUAUAGGUCUGCUGCUGAUAGGUCUGGCAGUGGGGACAUGUGGCACCUUCCUGGUGGUAGUGAAGAAGAUUCACCUCACCGUGCUAGGCUGGUUCAAGGCAUAGCGUGUCUCACACACAAUCUUAUUAUAGUUAUGGAAGACAACGCCGGAUGAUUGAAAGGUGAUGAGGUUCGGUCCUAGAAAGGGACGGAUACCUACAAUUUCCUUGAAUCAAGAACCUUUCAUUGUAAGAUGUGAGGAUCAGAGCUCCACUUUGCCAAGCAUGCUAAGCUGACACACUGAAGAACAAAAAGAGACAAUACUGUGACUGGAACAAUACACAAAUAACCCGCACAUUAGAGAGAGGAGCUUACAAUGACGUAAAUGAUCUUUGGUGUAGUGGCGUGCAGAGGGGGGAGGGGCGGUGGCCCCGGGCAUCCAAAUGGGGGGGGCAUCCAAUUAGAAAGGGAAAUAAGAUAGUGAUUCUGAAAUUUCAGCGGUGAUAAAUCACUGCACUACAGAGGCAGUGGUUACCUCUUUAUUCCUUUAACAUGGUGUACCCUUUCUGUCCAGAGAAAAUGGUGACCCAAGUUGAAGAAAGAGAGAAAUUAAAAAAGGAAUGUUCAGAUUUUGCAAAUUAUUAUGAUAAUGAUGUGGCAGCCAUUCAGUUAUAUGACGAAAUUACUGAUUUUGUGAUGGUCCUUUGAGCCGGAGGGAAUAGAAUUCUCCCUGAUGGUAAAGAUACUGUGGAGUCUUUAUUACAGUAUGGGAGGGAUGUCUCUCCCACGCUGUCAUACACAUUACUGCUUACACUCGCAUUUUCAGUCUCUAGUUGUGAAAGGUCAUUUUCAAAACUGAAAUUAAUAAAAACAUAUCUGAGGUCUUGAAUGUCACAGGAACAACUGACCAACCUGGCUUUAAUAAACAUUCAAAAAGAAUUUCUCACAGCUGAUGUUAAAAGUGUAGUUCAAGUGUUUUCUGACAAGAGGGAUUUUUGUGGAACAGAACUUAAUAAAUUUGGUUGAUUUAUAUUUACAUCGAAUAAAUUGUUUAUUUCAUGUUUCAUCUG